AUGAACCGCAGAAGCAUAUUUCAGAGUGCAGUUUUACAUCGUCAAGCCAAAAUCUUUAGCCUUAUAUACAGGCUUCAUGGUAGGAACGUGAUGGUAUAUGACGGUGAUGACUCCUACCACAAUAUAUUACAUAUGGCGGGGAUGUCAGCCGAUUCCACCCAGCUUAAUCGCGUCCCAGGUGCAGCAUUGCAGAUGCAACGAGAGCUACAAUGGUUUAAGGAGGUGGAGAGCAUUGUUUUUCCGAAGGUUACAGAAGCUUUAAACAAGGAUAAAUUGAAGCCCCGAGAAUUGUUUACAAAGAAUCACAAGAAUCUGAUGAAAGAGGGAGAGCAAUGGAUGAAAGAUACAGCAACUUCUUGUACAGUGGUAGGUGCUCUCAUUGCCACCAUUAUGUUUGCUGCAGCCUUUACUGUUCCAGGCGGUAACGACCAAAACACAGGCUUCCCAAUCUUCUUAAAUGAAAAUGUGUUUAUGCUCUUUAUAGUAUCUGAUUCCCUAUCACUCUUUUCCUCUGCGACUUCAGUAUUAAUGUUCUUGGGUAUCCUAACAACGCGCUAUGCAGAAGAAGAUUUCCUCAAAUCCUUACCUACAAAAAUGAUAAUAGGACUUUCCACUCUUUUCUUUUCUAUUGUAUCCAUGAUGAUAGCCUUCUGUGCCGCUCUUCUACUUAUGUUACGUGGACAAUCGUGGUUUGUCAUUCCUGUUAUUUGUUUGGCUAGUGUUCCAGUCACUUUGUUCGCAUUGAUGCAGUUCCCCCUUCUUGUUGACAUGUUCAUUUCAACUUACGGAUCAGGCAUCUUCGACAGGAAAAUGAAACGCUGGCUAUUGCACAAAAAAACAACUGAAAAGGGUCUCUUGAGUGGUGAAACGGAGCGUUAUGGCCUAGAGGGACCUCAGACCAUCGACCCUGUCAUCUUUGACAACCCAUACUUCAAAGAGCUCUUCGUUGGUGAGGACCGACUUUUGCAGCCAUCUGAGACGGCGAAAGUUCAUCUUCGGGCCCCAUGA